UCGUUGGAAUAAGUCACAAGGGGCACGCGCUUGUUGCAACUAUUAUUUUCUGCUGCAUACAGCUCGCGCGCGUCUCCCCCUACCAAUCACCGGGAGAAUCCCAGAGCUCGCGCUGUGUAAUUUUGCUCCUCUGCCUGCCUCAAAUCAUACAGUGAGAACUUGUAAUCUUUCUGUCAGGCUACAAUGGAUGAGGAUAACAACGUUUUCCCAGAUUUGAAGGAUAUAGAGACGAAACUGGGUCGAAAAGUACCGGAUAGUCUCAUUCGUAGUCUUGUUGGAGGAAAACAUAAAGAGCAUGAGAAGUCGACGGCGACGCACUUGGUGAACUGCAAGUUUCGAAGUAAUUCAGCGGAUUUGAAGAGACUGGAGAGCAAAAUGCUGUUCCUGAAACAAGAAAUGGCACAUUUGCGAGCCAUCGAUGGCAAGCUGAUGCAGCAGCUGAUGUCCAUCAACGAGGGCAUCGAGUCCAUCCGUUGGAUGAUAGAAGACAAAGGAGGCGUGGCCAGCCAGGACGGCAGUCUGACGGGCAGUUUGUACAGCCUGUCGGACAGCCAGGACGGCGCCUCGCUGCGAGGCAGCUUUAACAGCUUGAAUGAUGGGAACAGUGACGGGCUGGAUAGCUUGUCUGUAGGCAGCUACUUGGACACGCUAGCAGAGGACAUCUCGGACAACCCUUCACCCACAGACCUGGACUGUUUCAUGGAGAAAUCGGUUAUCGACGGGGACGCUUUCAGCAAAUCACCUUUGAAACUCAGGGUGGAGUCAGAUGAAUACUACUGCUUUGGAUAAUAAGAAGCUAAACAUGGAGGUUACAGAGACUACUGAUUUACUUUGACAGCUGUCGGGUUAAUUUUCCCACAUGCUUCACAUUUUCUCCAUGUAGCAACAGCAAAAAUGUUGGCAAGACUUUGAAAAUGACUCAUGACACCUUGAAACCAGUUUCCUUAUGUUGUCAUUAAAACACACCUCAUGAAACCAUUCCCACUUGAUGCCGCAAUAAUUGCAAUGAAACUUCUUAACAAUUCUUGGUCUUAAUAGUUUAUAAUGUAGGUCAAUUGAAUCAAAAAGUGUGCUCUAUUUUGAAUAAAGACUGUAUUUAUUUUGGAGUUAUGCAGUACCUCGGCCAUGUUUUUACAGCUAAGAGCAUGUUUGAGCCUAAAAGUGCAGAGGAAGGAUUACAUAGAAUAGCAACAUUAGCUGAAUAGCAAUUUUCCUUCUUUCUUUAGAAAAUAUAUCUUGGACUACAUAAUGAAUCAACCAUAAUAAGCUGAUAUAAGCCAAGGAGGAGAUAAGGAUUUAGCUGCAAUUUGGAAAAUUAGGCAUUUCAUGCUGAGUGAUUAACAGAUUAACUAUUUUAAGUGGCAAAGUGAUGAGUUGAAGUGUUACAGCAAGUGCAAUUUGUCUCCAUGCCAAACUUUGAGCACCAUUGAUGUUAAGCUUUUAAGUAUUUUUUUUACAUGUUUUGACUGAUGUUCGUUCCUGACAUAAACCCCGCUCUGACAAAGUGGACUUUACAUGUACACAGAUGAGAUUAGUCGUAUAUUCAAAGCACAUAUGCUUGACUGAAAAACCAAAGCAAUUUGAUUGUCUUUUGGAUAAUUUAAGGCUGAGGGCAAAACCCCGUGAACAGCAGAUGGGAGAUUUGUCGGUGUCGGACAUAUGUUCGACACAUGUUCGCUCUGUGGGCACAUUUUAAAUCUCUGAUGUCAAGAAAAGAGAUUUACAUUGUUGGAUCGUCAUUUGUUGUGUAAACUUUGAGUUCAUUGAUUUUGAUUUUUCAUUGCCUCCUUUUUUUUGAUUGCUUUAAUUUUGUUGUGGAACUGAAAUAAUAUAUUUUCCUCUGA